UGAAAGGACUUGUUUAAGGUCGCGCGGAGUAUUUGGACGCAUCAAACCGAUCGUUCUUCAACCGACAUGUUCACGCGCGGAUCCAAAAAGCGACGCUCGAAUCGUCCAGAGGAGGAUCCGGACAGAGGGCAGCCCUGCAUGCGAUGUGGAGAGCAGUGUCCAGGCUUCUGCAUGCAUGGAUGGAGGAAGAUCUGUGUGCACUGUAAGUGUGUGCGUGAGGAGCAUGCAGUGCGCUCAGUGCCCGGUCAGCUGGAGAAGAUGAUGAUGAAGCUGGUGUCCGACUUCCAGAGGCACUCCAUCUCGGAUGAUGACUCCGGCUGUGCUUCAGAGGAGUAUGCCUGGGUCCCACCUGGGCUCAAACCUGAACAGGUGUAUCAGUACUUCAGCUGUAUGCCAGAGGAUAAAGUACCUUAUGUGAACAGCCCAGGAGAGAGAUAUCGCAUAAAGCAACUUCUUCACCAGCUCCCAGCCCAUGAUAGUGAGCCCCAGUACUGUAACACUCUGGAUGAAGAGGAAAAGAAGGAACUGAGACUGUUCAGUCAGCAGAGGAAGAGAGAGAACCUGGGCCGUGGCAUCGUCCGCCUCUUCCCCGUCACCAUGACGGGAGCCAUCUGCCAACAGUGUGGAAGACAGAUCUGCGGUGGGGACAUUGCUGUGUUUGCGUCACGAGCAGGCCAUGGCUCCUGCUGGCACCCUCAGUGCUUCCAGUGUGCCACCUGUGCCGAGCUGCUGGUGGAUCUCAUCUACUUCUACCAGGACGGUCACGUAUACUGCGGUCGGCACCAUGCCGAGCGCAUCAAACCCCGCUGCCAGGCCUGUGACGAGAUCAUCCUAGCGGAUGAGUGCACGGAGGCGGAGGGCCGACACUGGCACAUGCGCCACUUCUGCUGCUUCGAGUGUGAGGCGGCACUCGGAGGACAGCGCUACAUCAUGCGGGAGAGCCGGCCAUACUGCUGCAGCUGCUAUGAGUCACUCUACGCAGAGUACUGCGACACCUGCGGAGAGCACAUCGGUAUAGACCAGGGGCAAAUGACAUAUGAGGGUCAACACUGGCAUGCAUCCGAGGCAUGUUUUUGUUGCGCCCACUGUCGGCUCCACCUGCUGGGCCGACCCUUCCUGCCCCGUGGAGGGCUAAUUUUUUGUUCGCGCUCCUGCUCACUGGGGGAAGACCCCAAUAACUCUGACUCCUGUGACUCAGCACUGCAGAGCAAACCAGCCUCACACAAACCCACACAACCACAACAACACAGUUCACCUCUACAGCCACUGGAGGGCAUUAGUCCAACAACUGCAGCUGCUGAAACUUUAACUCCUUCAUCGGAAAGCAGAGGUGUGCACACUACCCUCCCCCAUUUUGAAAAUGGCAGCCCUCCACCUCUACCUUAUAGACACAAAUGCCUUCAGAGCUCUGAGUCUCCCUCCCAGCUCGCUUCCUUAGCUAACGGCAGGGGGCCAUUGUCAACCAGAGACCAAUCAAAUGCUGGCAGAUUAUCAGGGCACAGCAGAGUGGAGUACAUGGUGGAGUUAAAUGGCUAUGCUGAAUUUGGGCCCUUCCCACCAAGCUGCACCUCCAGAGGCACCUCAACAGCAAAUGACAGUGAGACCCUGAGGGAGAACAGCAGUGUGGGGGUUCCCUCACAGCCAUCUCCUUCAACAAUGUUUGACUUCCUAAACCACACCGACUCUUUUCCACCACCUCCACCUCCAAUUUUCAUUGGCCCUGAUGAUUUGCCAGUUGUGCCCCCUGACACAUCUGAACCUGAGCCCCCACCCUCUCCGCAUGACCCCCCAAUGGCACGUAGUAGCACGACCAGGGUCAGCUUCAGAGAGCCAAUCAGCUGCAGCUACUCGAUGGAGGAGAUUUUUGAUGAUGAGGAAGAGGUGGAUGAAGAGGGGAAGAGACGAGAGGAGGAUAGGGGAGAGCAGGAAGAGGAGGAAGAGGAGGAAGAGGAAGACGUUGGAGCACUGGGACGCCGACUACGAUAUCGAGCUGGAAUACGGCCUCAGAUCGACCUGUUAGAUGGAUCAUACCAACGAAACUUCCAACGGAGGUCGCCAAGCCUUCCUAAUCAUAACAGAGUGACUCCAGAGUCCCCCUUCCACCGGGGCAUGGAGAAGCGAUUCCGCCGCUCCAGGAGCGACAGGCCUUGCCUGGAUGUGCUGGAAUGGAGGGGAGGGGGGUGUCAGCAAGGCACCCGUCUACCCACCAGCACCCCUGAUGGGGACAGCAAAGCUCAUCUUACCCUUCACUCCACCCACUACAGGCAUGAAGACUCCUGCUCCACCUGCUCAUCCUCCUCUGACUCAGAGGAGGAAGGCUUCUUUCUCGGCCAACGCAUCCCCCUGCCUCCACAGCUUAUGAGUGGAGAAAGUCCACAGGACACAAAGGGGCCAGAGGCAGAGGAGAAGAUGAGAAGAGGCAGCCUGAGGAAGAGGAGAAGGACACACAGCCUCAGUGGGAAGGACAAAGACAAGAACUGCAUACUUUCCUAAUGGAGAGGGAGGGAGGGAGGGGAGAGAGAUUCGGUUACAAAGACAUUCCAGGGUUGGAUGCUUCAUGCCAUCAUUCACUAAGAUUAUAUAGGAGCUGAACUAAACAGCUUGAGAGUUGUAUUUGGUGAAUACUACUGACUGUGGACCCGUUACUAAACAGCUCUACCAUGAAACUCACAUUAGCCCAGAAACUACUGUGAUUGAUUUAUGGGAGAAAAUGAAAUAACCUUGGACAAUAUAUUUUAUUUUUAUAAAUUUUCAUGAAAGAGCCUUUCUCAAACAGAAUAAAUGGACCUCACUGUGGAUCAUUGAAGCACUUUGAAACCAAGAAAGAUUCAACAUAGUCUGAGCAGACUUGGUGCUUAUAAUUAUCUGCUUUCAGAGUUCAGAAAUGGCUUUAGUACCUUUAGGGGAAAGGUCAUUUUGAUCACAACAUAAUUUCAGUUUAUUUCAUUUUGCCUCAAGCAGUGAUGUGGAUUUAAAAGUAAAACUCUUUCCAUUUGAACAGUAAGAUUUUUAAGGAUAGGUGUGCCUCAGUUUAUACAAAACUAAACAGCUUUAUGUUAACACUUUUAAAAACAUCCUUCACACAGAAUUUACAGAUUUCCCUAAUAUAGAGCAAACCACAGUGGAAGAACAUGAACGCAUGGAUGUGUGCUUCGAUCACAUGACUGUCAGGGCUGAGGAAUGCGUUUGAAACAUAACAUGUUAGCCUUUGCAUGUAUACCCAGAGUCCUGAUGUGUAUUUGGGAUAUUUGUUAUUAACUGGAAGGUUAGAUGAUCACCUAGGCUGAAGGUACCUCUGGCUUCAGUGAUUCUUGCAAACACAUUCAUCAUAGCUUAUUUGAGUCUGUGAAUGUCAUAACUCAGUUACUGUGCUGCUACAGAAUCCUCCAACAAGAACAUGCUGCCAUGGGUACUCUCCUCCUAAGAACUUCACAUUUGACAAAGAAUACUAUUUCAAGUCCUUACACAGUGUGACUGAGAGUUCAAAUAAGGUAAAUGGAAAAUUAAUUCUUACUGUAAAUUGUCAUUUUUAUAUACACAAGGGUGAUGGUAAGCAGAAGCACACAUAUACACAAGCUUUUAUGCUCUUGUGAAGAUAUCUUUCAACAUAUGUUUUUGUAGGAAGAUAAAGUUUGUUUCAAGUUACCUUUUUCAAAAUAAACCAUUCAAAUUUCAGACCAA